CUUCUGCAAGUCAUUAAUCCAAGAGUAUCAGUUGGCAAUCAGGUCACUCUGAAAGUGACGUGUUCUGGCUGGGAACUUUACGUUAGCAAGUGCUGCAAAUAAAUCUCACACAUUUCAGCAAUGCUGAUAAUUUACACUGAAACAACUUACUAAGGGACUCAAUUUGUAUUUAAUCCCUAAAUUCUGAAUAAAUGAAGAGUUGUUUCACAGUGAGUGCUUUCACAGCCGGACUAUUUCAGUACUGAUCACUCAGUCUCUCUGUUUUCACACUUAAUUUUUACACCCUAUAAAACAGUAUGUCUUUAUUUGAAUUGUUUAUUUUUUCAUUUACACAAAAUGCAUUCAUUUUAUCAUACCAGUCUUUGUUUCUGUACGCAGCUCUACUUUUCAUUGGUGGUUUAGUGAUAUUUCUUCACAAACCUGUUUCAGCUCAUGCUAGAAAACUCCUCCUCUGUCAUGGAGAGGAGGAGAAUGUGCAACAAAAACAACUACCUGCUGAAAUCGUCUCUCACAGACAAAUUACUGCAACUCUUUGGAGCGCUCUCCAUUUCUCCUUGAAGAGAUCGACACAGCUUCAUCAUGUCGGCCUGUUGUAGACAUGUUCUGGGUUUGCUCUUAUCCAUCAUUGGCUUUUUAGGGACGAUCUUCAUCUGCGCACUCCAGAUGUGGAAAAUCUCAGGCUUCAUUGGUUCAAGCAUCACCAUUUCUGAGAUCCACUGGGAGGGUCUGUGGCUGAAGUGUGUGAUGAGGAGUACAGGCGAGAUGCAGUGCAAAUCCUACAAUUCUAUACAGGACUUACCUCAAGACCUGCAGGAUGCCAGAGUGCUCAUCGUUUUUGCUAUCAUCAUCCAGUUCUUUGGGAUUGUGCUUGGUGUGGUUGGGGCCAAGUGCACCAACUUUAUACCAGACUCAAGGCGAAAGACCAAAGCGGCCAUAGCUUCUGGAGUGUUGUUACUCACUGCAGCUAGCUUGGUGGCCCUGCCUGUCCAAUGGACCACACACGCCAUUGUUAAUGAUAUGUUCAACCCUGACCUGGCCAACAAUCAAAGAACAGUACUGGGAGCUUCGCUCUUCAUCGGCUGGGUGUCCGCAGGACUGCUAUACCUGGGAGGAGCCCUUCUCUGCUGCUCCUUUUUCUGCAGGAAUGAGACAGAAUGUGACGUUAAAUCUGCACAUACUAACACUAAACAACAACGUUCAUCUAGACAGCGUUCUCCUAGAAACAAGGAAAAGGUUUCAUGAUGAUUUCACUCUCUGUUUGAGUCCACUGUUAACAUCAGGUAAUAAACUCUGAAAUAUGAGUAAAAUAUGUAGGAAUCUUUGCAUUUUGUCUGUCUACAAAACAUAUGGUAGGAACGUGUGCAGUAUUCUGAAUGCU